AUGGACAAAAUCGAGAUGAGCCUAGAUGAUAUCAUCGAAUCGCAUAAGCCUCAACGCGGUGCAGGUCAUCGUGGCGGUCUGAACAGAUCCGGCGGCCGCAGUGGUCCUCGUGGAAAUGCAACCCGCGGCAAAAGUGGUUACAGAGGACACAGCCGUGGUGGUCCGAUGCAGCGUGGUGUUUUCAAGGGACGCGGCCAUGGUGGAAUCCAGCGAUCGACGCAUUCUUUUCGAGGCGACGUGAGUAGCGCGUGGAAACAUGAUAAGUACGAGGGAUCCCGCAAGAACAUGCUCGCGGUCGCUGGUCGACUCGGAAGCUUUGGCGAACUCAACGACGGUGGCAAACUGAUGGUUGCCAACCUGGAUUCGGGCGUGUCCGAAUCGGACGUAACCGCACUUUUCGAAGAUAUUGGACCGCUGAAGAGCGUCGCGCUACACUAUGACCGAUCGGCGAGAUCACUCGGUACGGCGGAUGUGGUAUUUGAACAUCGAUCGGAUGCCAUCAAGGCUAUGAAACAGUACAACGGAGUCCCAUUGGAUGGACGGCGCAUGAGCAUACAGCUGACCACAUCGGAAGUUCCAGUGCCGGCCCGACCACCUUACGUCCCGCCACGAUCUUUCCGGGGACAAGCAGGUGGGCCUAGAGGUGGCAGGGGUGCCCCUAGAGGUGAGAACCAGGCGCCUCGUGGAGGACGAGGCGGCGGCCCGCGUCGGCAACAACGUGAAUCUAAAACAGCGGAAGAGUUGGAUGCCGAACUGGACGCUUACAUCAAUGAGGCUAAGUGA